UCGGGGUUCAAGGGAAUAUACGCCAUAUUGGAAACACUGUAUAGUUUAGCUAACAGUUUAUCGCUAGCGGGGAAAAAGGGCCACUAAUUGGUUCCCGUUGGUUGUGGCGUUUGGCACGUCGUUAUUUUCCCUGUCGUUUCGCGUAGCCCAGCGUACAGGCACGUUCUCGCGGUCCGGACUCAAACUUAUCGGCUGAACGGGGGGGAAAGCAAGGCGUUCGUUUGUUUGACAGGGCUGUUAGAAAGACGAGUUGAAUGGAUCCGAGGGUCGCUUGGAUUCAGCCGGAACAGAAAGGUCCUGCGAACGCUUUAUGGAUGCGUGUGUGGGAAACGUCUCAGGUAAACCGGACUAACACAGGUCAGCACCAGAACCACCAUCACCACAACCUCUGUGUCAAUUAUCCGGCGUUUGACGUUUGUAAGACUGUGGCGUCCAAUGCAAACAACAGCACUAACAUUAUUAAAAGCGUUGGCUCUGCGGCUCACGCGUUAAAUGGAAACACGGGAGACGGCGAAAUGACCCAGAAGACCGGCUCGGUGACGGAUUCGGCGUCCAGCUGCUCUAAAAUAAGGACUACAAGCCCUAAUCUGAUCGCUGGGAAUAUGAACAAGGGGCAGCCGUUUUUUACUUGCACCGAGAGCGUGCUGAAUAAUGUCAACCACCAUCAUCACCCUCCUCAUCCUCAUCUACGGCAUUUCCAUCAAGAGCAGCAGCAGCAGAGUUGCAUGAAGCGCCACCCGUCCCAUCCGGCAGCGAUUCACAACCACCAUCACCACCACCAUCAUCCGGGCCGGAGGAAAAGCGAUAAUAAGGCCAGCACCUAUGGGAUAAACUACUUGCUCUCUAACUGGACUAACGGCAAUUAUGACAACUCCGGCACGCCGUGGAAGACGAGGAAAUAUAACCCAGGGGUUGACGGGUUGCAUGAAGAAAUCAUGGACUUCUACAAUUUCAUGUCUCCUCGUCCUGAAGAGACCACCAUGAGACAAGAGGUGGUGGACAGGAUAGAGUCGGUCAUUAAGGAGUUGUGGCCGACCGCCGAUGUCCAGAUUUUUGGCAGCUUUAGCACUGGACUUUUUCUCCCGACCAGUGACAUUGACCUGGUGGUGUUUGGGAAAUGGGAGAAACCUCCCCUGCAGCAGCUGGAGCAGGCGCUCAGAAAACACAAUGUGGCAGAACCGUAUACCAUCAAAGUUCUCGACAAAGCUACGGUACCAAUCAUCAAACUGACAGAUCAGGAUACUGAGGUGAAAGUGGACAUUAGUUUUAAUGUGGAGACGGGCAUCAAAGCUGCUAGCUUCAUCAAAGAAUAUGUGAAGAAGUAUACCGUGCUGCCUUAUUUAAUCUUAGUGCUGAAACAGUUCCUGCUGCAGCGAGACCUUAACGAAGUCUUCACGGGUGGAAUCAGCUCCUACAGUCUCAUCCUGAUGGUCAUCAGCUUCUUACAGUUACACCCAAGAAUUGAUGCUAGGAAUCCCAACAUGAACCUUGGCAUUCUUCUCAUCGAGUUCUUUGAGCUGUAUGGAAGGCACUUCAACUACCUGAAGACUGGCAUCAGGAUAAAAAACGGCGGCGCUUACAUGGCUAAAGAGGACAUCAUGAAGGCCAUGAGUAAUGGCUACAGGCCCUCCAUGCUCUGUAUUGAGGACCCUCUUCUUCCAGGUAAUGAUGUCGGCAGAAGCUCUUAUGGUGCCAUGCAGGUGAAGGAGGCUUUUGACUACGCGUAUAUAAUACUGGGUCACGCCGUCUCACCUCUCGCACGUUCUUACCCCAACAAAGACAGUGACAGCACUUUGGGCCGCAUAAUUAAAGUCACCCAGGAAGUCAUCGACUACAGGGAGUGGAUCAUAAAGAAGUGGGGUGGCAGACACAACGCCCGCAUUGAGAGGAACCCAGGUCCAUCUCAUAAAGACUCAGUGGAGCAGGUGGAGACAGGCACACUCCUGGGUGUAGGUGUGGAGGACCAGCAGCAGAGGGACUCUGUGUCCCCUCAGAGCGCAGACUCCCCCAUGUCCCUCUCCAGCCCUCAACAGCACUCCUCCGCCUCUUCUGCGUCCUCGCUGUCAGGCAGCGAUAUCGACUCUGACUCCACACCGUAUGUCGCUCCACCUGUAGCCCCCUUCCCUCUCCAGAUCCUGGCACCGGGUCCCCUUCCACCAGCGCUUCAGAUGGGCACGGGCAAAGGCGGCAUCACGGCAACACUCACCAUGCAAUCGGCCGUCCAGGCGAGAGUGUCAAUCCCAGGCAAUCUUUCUCUCCACACUCUAUCUGGCAGACAGGUGUGUAUGCCAGAUGGACCGCCCUCAUACCUCCACAUGCCCCCCCCUGCAGUCCCCCCAGCUCCCCCCAGCCCUCUACCCAGUCCCCACCACCAUCCCAAGACAGGUCCCAAGUUCCCGCUGAAGGGCUUCCACAAUCCCGCCGUGGUGCACAGUCCGGUCCUUUCCAACCGAGGCCACAUCCAGUACCGCAACACCUGGCGCCGCAGGAAGAGGGACAGUCUGCCGGCCAGCGUCAGCAGAUAAAGCCGACGCGCCUCGCCUCCGGAAUCUCCUUCUCCACUCCUCGCUUCCUCUUCCACCCCUAUGGUCCCAUCUGAAAACGAUGAGAACUCAUUGAGCCCUCCUACUGAUGGUGUGAGCACAGAGCGACCAGCGUUUGCAACCCAGCUCCUCGUUCAGUAGUUGUGGUGAUGGUGGUGCUAAGAAGUUCAGUCUGCCACUGAAUCUGCGCAUGUAUAUGUUGAUUCGUUUGUUUUUUUUUGCAACCUGUGCAAUCUUCCUGAGGAAGCUUCGAAAACAGGAACUGUUGUUUUUUUUUUGUUUUGUUUUUUCUUUUUGAUCGUCUACUCCACAACUUGCCGUAACACGUGAAAUGUUCCUUUUUGUGUAUGUUUGUGUUUCAUGCUCCGUUGUUUUCCUGUCUUCACAUUUUCGCUCUUCACACGUGGGACGAACUGGAUUCAGUGGAUUUCAGGUGUUUGUUUGUUGUAUCGAGGUGUGUUAUGUGUAACGCUGAUUUCGAAUUCUGCACUCGAGAUGCUUCCAGAGAUCCCCACCGUAUUGAACAGUACACAUCACGCAACCUUUUUUUUUUUUUUUUUUUUUUUUUGUUUUUUUUUUUGUUUUUUGUUGUGCAAUAACUUUCAGUAUUUUCGUUCACUCUGGAAACGUAUUUAAUUUUUUUUUUUUGUUUUUUCAGUGUCCAGCCUUUUGUUUUGUAAGAACGUUUUUAUUUUUGUAACGUUUUUAAUUUCGUUCAUCGUUUACAGAUCCUGUCAGACAGGCUCCUUAAGGGAAAAAGUCUGUUUUAAAACUGUUUUUGAGAGUUUAUAUUCCCUCUUCCCCUUUUCUCGGCAUAAAUUGCACCUGGACGAAAGCGAGUUAAAGCGGCCAGUAGAUCUCGCAGAACGACUUGCCUGCAGGUGUCGCCAUUUCCCACUUUGCGUUGAGCUUCAGAGACUCAUCUGUCGCUUUUAUUCGUCUCGUUCGUUCAUCUUUAAGGUCGUAGUUGUGUGAGGCUUCAGGACUUGGAUUGAGAACCGACGGGUAGACAUCGAAAAACGCUCAAGCUCUUAGUCUGUCCGUGCUUUCGUUUAUAUACGUGUGUGUCUGUCCUUUUUAAAUCGCUCUAGGUAAGUGUGAGACGUGAAGUGUUUUAGGGAAGCUCUAAUGAACGUGCGAGCGGACUCCAGAUCAGUGCAGCUUUAUGCAAGGUGCCCUAAUCGGACCUUUUCGACUUCUGAAUGGGCACCCGAAUCAGACUAGCGGAGAAAGGGAAUUUAUUUUGAUUCCUUUCUGGAAUCUUGAUGUGCAUUUAUUGCAGGUACUUGCUCUAUAUGCCUUUUUGGUAAUUACCUAUUCCUGUACUGUAUUGUAUUGUAUUUUUUGUUUUUUGUUGUUCUGUUUGUAUAUGGCACACUAAAACUGUAUUGCUGUUGCUCAGAACGUCACAGGCAUACAGGUUGUUACUAUGCAAGUGGAGUUUUGAAAACCUCUCUUCCUGUGUCCCUCACGACGGCCGUUUGUUUGUAAAUCUCGUCAAAAACUCAACCGGAGUGAGCGUUAACGGACCCGGGCGUGAGAGCGACGCAUCAAGGUACGCGUGAACAGUUCCUGUAUGCAAGUUCAGUCUGUUUUAAAGGAGGAAAAACCUUUGGACGUCUUGUCUGGACUUCCUCCUGGAAAUCAACCGGACUAUUUUACUGCUGUUACAACGCUACAACCAUGUCUUGCGGUCUCUGACUUUGGUUGCCACAAACUUACGUGACACAUUUUACAAAGUCUGAUAUGGAGACUGUCCUUGUGACUCUCAACUCGCCUGCCUAUCAAUGCAAUAGGGCAAAUGUAACUCUAAUAGCAGUUUCUGCUUUAGAUAGAACCAGCAUCUUUUGCAAAAUGGGUCAGACAUUGAGGCAACUCUCCCCCUCCUUCGGUUCAAAUAUGGACCUACUUUGUCUGAAUGGAAAACGGCUCCCUGUUUUUUUUUUUUUUUUUUCUUUCCCCGAGUGCAUCUGUGGAGGUGUGUUGGAAAGGUGGAAGUGUUUCACUCUGUAAUGGUUUGACAUUUGUGGUGAUAUACUUGCUAGAUACAGUGUGACACUCCUCAUUGAAUCUCAAUGAUGGAUUUUAAAUGUAACCCCUUUUUUUGCUGACGUCUGUUAUGUCCCAGUGUCCAAAAGCACUCCUUGUCCUUAUAUUGAAAGCCCUCAAUGUGGCUGCCCAGCAUCCAAGAGGUCAGACGGAGGAAUUGUUUUUGUUUUCCUUCAAUAUUUUUAUGUAUUUUUUUUUCUAUUUUAUUUUUUAAAUAAACGUCUUAAAACCA